AUAUAUCUCAAAGCGUCAGGAUUACAAGAACGUUCUGCUUGGUGGUCCAUGGAAUGUUGGAGGCUAUUGUGUGGUAGUAAGGAGAUGGAAUCCAUGGUUUGAUCCCAUGGAAGAUGUCCUUGAGAAGGUUAAUGCAUGGGUGUGUGUUUCUUGUAUCCCCGUCUGCUGUUAUAAUCCCAUUGGAUUGAAGCGUAUGGGAGACAAACUUGGAAAAGUCUUGAAAAUAGAUCACUCAACACAAUAUGUGUGUAGAGGCAGAUUUGUGAAAUUUUACGUGGAGACAAAAGGCACAGGAGGUUGUAACCAAUGGACCCUCUACAAGGAUGCAGUUGAGCUCAGGACAAGAAUAGCCAUCUUUGAGCCAAAGCCAGCAUCAGUCGGCCACAGCGAUAGCAAUGGAUUUUCAGGUGUUAAAGUAGCUGAAGAUUUCUACAGUGAAGGAAGUCAGCCUUCUUCAGUGGACAGAAUGGAUGAGUCAGCCGAGACGUCCGAGCUAGAACAAAGAACCAAGGUCCUUGAGAUGGUUAUGGGAAGGAUACUUUCUCAUUUGAUUCCUGAUGAUCCUCUAAUUCCCCUACUGAAUAGGGGUGAUCAUCUUGUAGAAGUUGUUGGUUGUAAUUUCUUGGCUUUGAGUAACAUGGUUGUACUGACCAAACCAAGAGGAAGGGGGAAAUUGAACCUCGAACCUAGCUUGUCAAAGCUUAAUGAAGAACUGUUGAAGAAGAAUAACGAGCUUGAAAAGCAACUUGAGGGUAUGUAUAAGUCCAUUGACGAGCUGAGGAGUCUUAGGUCGUGCCAACAAGUGGUCAGCCUAGACAGUGCUCCUCUUAGCAUGCCAUCACAACAUAGCCUUAUCAAGAAGGGUUCAAGAUUCCUCAUUUAGAGAUAUAUGAUGGCUCUGGUGAUCUAGAUGAACACUUACAUAACUACCAAGCCAUCAUGAAGAUACAAAAUGCAACAAAUGCAAUGAUGUGCAAAGUAUUUCUGGCCACUCUAAAGUUGAUAGCCAGAAGGUGGUACCAUAAACUCCCAAGACACUUUAUCAACUCUUUUUCUCAGCUUGCUACUUUGUUCUCUAGCAAGUUUGCAAGCCAAUGAAAAUAAAAGCGUACAGCCACU